AGUUGCUUCACCACGGAAUAAAGAACCAUGGACGAGGACGAAGAUGAUUUUUAUGAUCCUGCGGACUCUGUGCCGGUAACGCAGUCCCAGAAUGCCGGGCAAAAUGCCCCGACCGAUGCGCAGGCCAACGAGGGCGACGAGGAAGAAAUAGAGGUCGAAGAGGACGAUGAUGAUUUCAACAUUAUUACAGAGGCGCCGCCGGAUGCGCCCCCAGUCGAGGUGUCGCACCCCCGUCAUGCGAACUUACGAGAAUCACAACGUCCGUCGGUCGAUUCGACGCCCAUCCCCAAGCAAGCCACCCCUUCCGUUACUACCCCGAAGGUCGACUCGGUGACCCCGGCGCCCGUCCAGGCCAGGACCCCGGCCGUAGCGCAGAAACCCGGCUCGGCCUACCCGCCGGUCCACGCGUCCACGAUCGACGUCCAUGCGAACCCCAUCCAUCCGAGUACCGGCAAACCGAUCUUAUUGACGGAUAUGGAUACGGACUUCCCGGAGGAUGAUAAGCCGUGGCGACGGCCGGGGUCGGACAUUUCGGAUUACUUCAACUACGGCUUCGACGAGUUCACCUGGGCUAGCUACGUGUUGAAACAACAGGAGUUGCGGAAGGAGGUGGGAGACCAACGCAAACAGUUGGACGAUAUGCAGAGCUUCUUGACCAUGGGACUGCCCCCGAUGCCCGGUGGUCCUCAACCGGGGCCCGGCGGUCCUGGCCCCGGCAGCGGGCCACCGCCGAUGCCGGGGAUGCCUGGCAUGCCCGAUAUGCCGCCCGACAUGAUGCAGGGUAUGCUGACGGGGAUGAUGGCGCAGGGGAUGGAUCCCGCCUCCAUGGACCCGAUGACCUUCAUGCAGCAAGCGCAGGCGAUGAUGGGCGGCCAGGGCGGCGGCGGCGGCGGACCACCCGGACAACCUGGAUUUGGAGGACCGGGUGGUGGACAACCCCAAAUGGGAUUCGGAGGGGGUGCUUUCACCAUCAGCAGCAACAUUCUAAGUCUUAAGAUAUUCUUUUUCCUCGACGUCCUUGAGCUUAGUCCUCAGUUAAUCACUCUUAUACUCAAAAUGUCUUUCCUCCGCAACGUCAAGAACCUCGCUCCCCUCCUGGACCGCGUCCUGGUCCAGCGCGUCAAGCCCGAGACCAAGACUGCCUCCGGCAUCUUCCUGCCCGAGAGCAGCGUCAAGGAGCAGAACGAGGCCAAGGUCCUCGCCGUUGGCCCCGGUGCCAUCAAGGCUGAUGGUCAACGUCUGCCCAUGGGUGUUGCCGUUGGUGAUCUCGUCCUGAUUCCUCAGUUCGGUGGCAGCUCCAUCAAGGUCGGCGAGGAGGAGUACACUCUCUUCCGUGACUCUGAGAUCCUGGCCAAGCUCAGGGAAUAAAUAUAUUCCAUUAGCUCGUAUGAUAUUCUGCCUUCUCUCCACCAGGCCUGAACUAUCGCCGCCUCGAAGACCUGUAUAAUACCAUACAGACAGUGACACUCAGUCCUGUCCUCCCAAACCAACAAUACAAAAAAACCACAAAACGCAUAAAAACAAAUCCACUGCGAGAUUCGCGACGAAUUGUUUGGACUAUCGUCGACAUACGCGCGUCUUUCUCCUUGGCCUAAUGUUUGCUUUCCUCGCAUCUGUGUCUACAUAAAGCGUGAAACGAUCUGUGAUUCUCUUUUGCAUAUUCUUUGAUGUAUUUUUAAUCCGAGCUUCUACCGCAUCACGGUAUAUGUGAUGGAGGUAGUAAUUGGACAUGAUAAUCUCCCCUCUGAGACCGCCC